AAUUUAAUAAAACAAUUAAAUCUAUAAAAUUAAUUAAUCAAAACUACCACGAUGAAAAUAAUUACGUUAUUUUAUGUAAGUUUGUUAAGUGUGUCCAUUCAGUGGUCGGGCGCAGCAAAACAAGCACCAAAUAUAGUGGUGUUUUUGGCGGACGACAUGGGAUGGGCUGACGUGGGCUAUCACUCGGACCAUAUGCUGACGCCAAACAUCGACUCUCUGGCCGCCGACGGCGUUGUACUCAACCAUUACUACACACAACCGCUCUGUAGUCCGAGCAGAGGGGCACUGCUCACAGGCGUACACCCCAUACACACUGGCCUACAAAACUCGGUGAUACUUCACUGGUCGCCCACUGGACUGCCCCUUAACUUUAAACUAUGGCCACAAUAUCUUAAAGAUGCGCAUAAUUACUCAACACAUAUUGUCGGAAAAUGGCAUUUAGGUCACGCCCGCAAGGAAUUCACGCCGACAUACCGGGGCUUUGACUCACACGUGGGCUUUUGGGGCGCCGGACAGCACUAUUACAAUCACAGCGACUGUUAUUUCAAAGGCAAUUGUUAUCUAGAUUUUUAUCAUAAUAUGGAUGUGAUUAGAGACGCGUCGGACAUCUAUUCAACAGAUUAUUUCACCGAUCGGUGCCUUCAUAUAAUCGACCAACAAAACACAUCGCAACCCCUGUUUCUAUACGUGCCCUAUCAGGCCGUGCACUCGGCGAGGGUUGGGUUGACUCUGGAGGCGCCCCAGAAGUACAUCGAUAUGUUUGCGUACAUUGAGUCGGAUGUGCGUCAAAAGUUUGCCGCAAUGGCCUAUAGUAUGGACGCCUCUAUUGGCACAGUUAUGCAGGCGUUGCACAACAAACACAUGUUAGACAACAGUAUUGUGAUAUUCAUCAGCGAUAACGGCGGCGAUAAUCUGGAAAUAGUGGGUAACGGAGCGUCUAACAGACCUCUUAGGGGCGCAAAGUUUGGUUUAUUUGAAGGAGGCAUACGAGUGCCGGCACUGGUCUGGAGUCCACUCCUCAACAAAAGUGGUUACGUUUCCGACGCUUUGGUUCACGUGACAGACCUCUUGCCCACAGUGUUGGACGCCAUCGACGGCACCGGCAUUCAAGACCAGCAAAAUAUUUAUGGUGUAUCGCAAUGGGAUGUGCUGUCAAACGAUGGCCGACCCGUGCGGUGGGAAAUCCACCACAACGUGGACCCGGUGUGGAACGGGUCGGCCAUACUAUGGCACGACUGGAAACUCGUCCAAACUCCCAACCCUAGCAGUCCGUCAAUGGGCGACUGGCGUUCACAACAGGGCUAUACCGACAGUCAAAUCCUGCUAAACCACACGCAAUCAUUUUCCACACGUCAGUCCACUGAACGCCGGAAUAGUAAAACGUAUGGCGUAUUGUCGGCGAUGAGCCGUAAACCCGAUUAUAGCGUAUUGAAGGGGUCGGCGGUCGAGUGCCCACCCCUUCCCUCUACGGCCGACACACCGACCGAUUGUAAGACAAAGUUGUGUUUGUUUAACAUAAGGCACGAUCCGUGCGAACGGCACGACCUGAUCGGCGAGAUUGAGGCCGAGUUUGUGGCCAUUUUAUGGGACCGUUUGGUGGAGUUUAACCGCACGGCUGUCCGCCCGUUAACGCUGACCCCAAAUGACUAUAAAAACAGUGAUCCAACACUUUAUAACAAUACUAUAGUUAAUUGGUUAGACUAUAUCGAUAGCAGUGAUCACAAAACCGAUGUUCCCGUUAUUAUGGAUAGAACUGAAUUG